AGCUUUAAAGCAGAAGAACCAACCUUUUUUUUUUGUAUGAAUGCAGAGUGACCAACUUUGCGUAGAGGUUGUCUCUCUCUCUCUCUCUCAAUCAUACGCAGAUUCUGUAAGCCACUUGUUUUCCUCUCCUGUCAUCAUUAUAUCCAAAGAUGAAAGGCAUAGAUAUCUUCUGCGCAUCCCAAGCAGCAACAGCCAUAUGUCAAAGCAUGGAACAAGCAUCCUGCUCCUCUUCAUCCAGUAUUCAACUCGGCGGCCGGGCCAUCGACCGCCACAACCCCAUCAUCAGAGAUGCAAGAAGGAGCACUAGAUCAGCUCUCUCCGCCCCUUGCUCUUCUCAACCACCCAUCAAUCCCAAACCUUACCAUCACCUCCACCAAAAGACCAAGAAAAAAAGCUCUUCCUCAAAGCAAAGCGACCAAAACAAGAAAAGUUCUUCCAGGCCAAGCACUGAUCAAAAGAAGAAGAGCGUAGCUACGCCAACUGAUCAUCAUUUUAUCAUCAACAACAACUCUUCUCAACCGCCAACUGAUAUCAUAAGGAAAAGUGAGGCUAAACAGACUGAUUUAAUCACUCCUCCUGGCUCCACUAGAUAUUUGUUAAGCGACACCGCCUACUUCGACGGUUUGUCGGAUUACGACCCCGUUUUGUCAUUGGUUCCGGUCGAAGAAAAGACGACUCAACCUGUAAAUCAAGAUGAAUCAACUACUGCUCCCAAACCCCCUUCGUCUAAACAGGUUGUGGUCUUGAGGGUGUCACUGCACUGCAAAGGAUGCGAAGGAAAGCUGAGGAAGCAUCUAUCUAGAAUGGAAGGAGUCACGUCCUUUAACAUAGACUUUGCAGCGAAAAAGGUAACAAUUAUUGGAGAUGUGACCCCGUUAGGUGUCCUGGCAAGUGUGUCAAAGGUGAAGAAUGCACAAUUUUGGCCAACUACAAUUUCAUCAACUACAACCCCAUCUGUUGGGUCUGGUAAGGUAGAAAUCAAGAAAUAAAGAAAGAGUUGGCUAAUGAGAAAAUCUGCAAAUUUCUGCUCUGUUGGUUGUGCACGCAUCAAAUUAAACAAAUAGUUGUAAUUUAGUGUAAAUGCCAGUCUUAAUUAGAAUGAAGUAAUUAAAAGUACAGCAGAGGCCAUUUGGGUUCUCUUUUUCCAGCUAUGCUAUAAGAGUUUGUACUUUCUGUUUGUAAGAAACGAAUGGGGUCUUUUUGGCAUUCUAAUCAAAGCAAAAAGUAUGCUUA